CAGCUGUUCACAUUUGACCACGUGUUUGGGGAGGGCGCGGAGGCGGCGCACAGCCUGUACGGCAAGUGUGUGGCGCCGCUGGUGGAGGGGCUGUUCAAGGGCUACAACGCCACCGUGUUUGCCUACGGCCAGACCGGCAGCGGCAAGACG